CAGCGAUCGCCAGAAGAUGCGAUCAGUUGUUGUGCAGACGAGCAGCUGACCAGAUCGAAAUGAGGCCUUACCAAGUUGUUUGCAUUGCAGUGGCAGCUUUGCUUCUUUUGGAGGCGACACCCGCGGAUGCGAAGCGUCGCAAGCACAAGGGUUCCGAUCAUCAUCAUCACGAAAAGUCCGAUCAGAAUAAGACCAAGACGAAGACCAAGUGGUCCACCUCCACGGAUCUGGCUGGUAGCACUCAGGUGUCCACCGAGGAGCACGGUUACUAUGUGAAGCGCACCUAUGCGGCGCCAGGAGAAGCUGGCGAUGCCCAGAAGCGUUUGAGUCCGCCGUAUUUGGCCAUUCCCAUUGCCUGGUUCAGUUGUGAGUCGGGUCAGAAGGAUUGCCAGUCCUCCAAUUCGGCGGCCAUCAACAGUGCCGCUCAGUCCUUGAGCGAGGGCUAUUUGUGCGACGACGAUUGCGAUGAGCUCUAUGAACCCAUUUGCGGCAGGACCUCCUCCGAGGUGGCCGUCUUCUACAACAAGUGCAAGUUGGGUGUGGCCAAGUGCCGAUCGCAUGGUCUUUGGUCGGACUUUGCCUACGCCGAUUGCCAGGCGAAAUAUCCCCAGGAGACUGCCUAUGCCGAGAAGAAGUUCCGCUCAUCUCCUUACUUCCGGGAUGCAGCCAUCGUGGAGCAACUGAAAUUAGAAGAGGAGAAACGGAAGCAGGAGGAGGAGCUGCGCAAGCAGGAGGAGGAGAAGCACAAGCUGGAGAAGGAGCAGAAGAAGAAGGAGAAGGCUGACAAGAAGAAGAAGGACAAGGAUAGCAGCGAGAGCAGCGAGGAGAAGGAGGACCAAAAGGAAAAGGACGAGGAGGAGCCACUGACCCUCGCUCUCCAGAAACCCGCGGAGGCUCCUUUGAUUCCAAUGCCAGUUGCUGUUCAAGUGGCCAUUCCUAAACCUGUUCCAGUUGUGCAGCCUGCGCAGACGACCGAGGACAUUGCUCUGCCUCCCAUGCCCUUGAAGGACGCUCCCACUCCCAAACCCCUGGAGAUCGCCCCCCUGAAGGAGCAGAACCAACCCAAAAGCCAGGACAACGAUAGACUAAAGUACAAUGUAGCCUAAGCUGGGGAUAGCUUGAUUAAUCUCAUCUAAUAAGAACUAUUUAUUUAAUUUAUUAUCUCUAAA